CAAACAUUUGCCUUAUCACACUUUCCUUUCAAGACAAUAUUCAAAUUGCUAUACGUUGAACUCGAGUCACUAAGUUGGUUGUAAGUAUUAUUCAUUUUCAUUCUUCAUUUCCUUCUAAUACUAGAAACACGUGCACUCUCGAUGUAAGAUUAUACACGAUUCCAGAAGGCCUCGAGGACAAAUCUAGAGCGGAUUGAUGGAGAUCAUUUCUCUCCCAUUUCGCAUUCAAAUAGCAAUUAUCCAAUUUCAUCUAAUGAUUGUUUGGCUUUUCAUUGGACACAGAGAUGGAAGAAGGAUGAAUAACGCUGUUCAUGAAAAUUUGACGACACGAAUGAAUUCAGCAGCUUUUCCACCUUUUCCAGACCCUACUUCACUAGGACUGUCUGGCUUUAGUUGCACAACUUUCAUUCUCAGCGUUUUAAAUGCCAAGUUGCUACCGGCAAAGGUUAUACCAGGAGUAGUAGGACCUGGUCUGUUUUACGGUGGAACAGUACAAAUGUUGGCUGGCCUCUUGUGCUUUAUUACACGUAACAUGUUUGGUUUGGUAGCAUUUACUUCCUUCGGAGCUUUUUGGUUGGCCGUUUCCACAUUGAUAACCUUGGAAGAAGAGGGAAUCCUUGUGUUUGGUACAGAUGCCAACCAAGUCUUGGGCAUCUUAUUGGUUGGAUAUUCCAUAUUUUCAACUUACUUGUGGAUAGCAUCCUUCGCGCAUCAUUUUGCAUUAGUAUUUACGAUUACAGCCCUGAUUCUCACUUUGAUGUUGCUAGCAAUGGCUAAUUUUGGAGUCAUGUCAACCGUACCUGGAGGUAUUUGUGGUAUCAUAUUAGCCGCGGGUGGAUGGUAUAUAUCCGCAGGAGUCCUUAUCAAUGAUAACUAUGGAAGGACUGUUGUUCCAUUUGGAGAUAUUCACUGCAUUCCGUACCUACAUGUUUUAGCACCUAAGAAGAAGAUUUAAACAUAACAAAACAUGAUAAAUGUCAAUAUAAAUAUAUAGAUAUAUAGAGAAGUAAGUAAGUUUGUGUGUGAGUGAUUGCAUUUUUUCAAAAUAAAUUUAAUUAUUGCGAG